GCUCCAGACUGAGGGUUUGGUCAGGCCCUCUCAAAAGUAAGAGAAGUCAUUAAAAAAAAAAAAAGUAAUGGAAGUCAUCAAAAGAGAAGCGAUUCUGUGGAUUCUGCAUUCUGGACAUGCAGGAAAGGAAGGGAGCUGUUGAGAAGAGGCCGUGUAUCUCUGCGCCAGCCAACAUGGGGAGAAGCUGAACCCCAAAAGAGCAAGUGGUGAUGGAAGAUUUUGAGGGCGAGGUCAGCAGGUGGCACUCACACGGCCUGUGGACAAGAGGAAGGGCCUGUCCAGGGAACCAGCCUACGACAGCCCAAGGCUUACCAGAAGUUGAUGCAAACAGCACAGAGGGCGGAGAUGAGGUCAUUCCAUUUUCCAGACGAAGAGUAAGGUCCGGAAACCUGGCUUUCCUCCUCCUGGCCAGGGGUACUCCAGGAGAGCCAGGCAGAUCCACACCUGCCCUCCUCCCAUGAGAAGUGACGAGCAGAAGGGAGAGAUGGGUCUUGGCACAGAGAAUGGAGGCCUCGUGUGGGACAGCAGCUCAGGGUCCAGCCAACAUUGUUAGUCGUCUUAGCAUCCUCUGAUUCUCCUUUCGGCAAGUUUCUCCCUAAAGGUCCCCAACUCUUCACCAUUCUCCAAGGGUCUCAUCCAUCCCCACAGGGCCCCACCUCCCUGUGACCACCUUAAGAUUCAAGAUUACCAAUGAAGAUAUUGACCACAACCUGGGAACGGGACAGGACUGUUCACGACAGCAAAAUCCUCAGAUCCCAAAGUUAACCCUCGCUGAGUGGGAAUUCAGGUACCCCGGCUGGAUAAUGGAAACAACGGUUUUGUCUGCUGCCCAGGAGGAGCGAAGACGAAGCACCAGCACCCAGGUGGGAAGGUGCCCGCUCCACAGGCCAGCAGUCAGCACCCAGAGCACAGGACGAGCUCCCUGGGCAGGAGCCAUGGCCCGACCACCUCCCUGCUGGCUGUGGGUUCUGGGGACCCUGGCGGGGCUCUCAGCUACCCCAGCCCCCAAGAGCUGUCCAGAGAAGCACUACUGGGCUCGGGGAGAACUGUGCUGCCCGAUGUGUAAGCCAGGAACGUUCCUCAAGGACGACUGUGACCGGUACGGAAGGAUUACUCAGUGUCAUUCAUGUAUAUCAGGGGUUUCCUUCUCACCAGACUACCACGCCCGGCCCCACUGUGAGAGCUGUCGGCACUGUAACUCUGGUCUUCUCAUUCGAAACUGCACCCUCACCGCCAACACCGAGUGUGGCUGCCCCAAGGGCUGGCAGUGCAAAGACAAGGAGUGUACCGAGUGUGAUCCUCCUGCAAACCCCUCGCUGACCCCUCGCCCAUCUCAGGCCCCAGGCCCACAACCCACCCACUUACCUUAUGCCAAAAAGAUGCUGGAGGCCAGGACAGUCCGGCACGUGCAGACUCUGGCUGACUUCAGGCAGCUGCCUGCCCCAGCUCUCUCAACCCACUGGCCACGUGAGUUUUCUCCCCGUUCCCCACUCCCAGAGAGAAGACAUACAGGAGAAUCCAGGAGGGAAGCCAGCCAGAAAGCUCCUCGGGCCCAAAGGUCUCUGUGCAGCACAGAUUGCAUCCGCAUCUUUGUGAUCUUCUCUGGAAUGUUUCUUGCUUUCACCAUGGUCGGAGCCCUGUUCCUCCAUCAACAAAGAAAAUAUGGACUAAGUAAGAGACAAAAUACAGGUCUCCAGUCUUGUCCCUACACCCCAGCCCACCAUCUCAGCUCUGCCACCCGUGCCCAAACCUCGCAGAAGCCUCCCUGGCUCCAUGUUUACCAACCCUGCUUCCCGCCUACUCUUCCUCCCCUCUUAGCAGGUGUCCUCCCGCCAGCCCUCCCUCAGCUGCCCCUCCUUUGCUCGUCUCUUCUCCCCUCACCCCUUCCCGCACUGCGGCCAAGACUCAUCUGAUUCUCCUU